AUGGAUAGAGAAGAUUUCACAGUUUAUGGCAUUUAAAAUCCUAAAGAGUUUUAGGGCUACAUUAAGCUUUAAGAUCUUGAGGCAUUAUGUUGCUAAUAUUUAGAGGUAUAACCUAUGUAUAAGGCGAUAAAGGAAAUAUAUGAAACAAAUUAUAAUGAGGAUGAGCCAAUUCAGCCAACUCAAAAAUUAGAUGCAUAGCAUGUUUUUUAAAUUAUUAGAUCAGCUAAGUUUAUAGAAAGAACACCUCGUUUUUUAAAUAACAUGUACACGUCAUAAUCUGUUAAAAUUAUUGAAGCUAGCAUCAUCAUUUUCAUUAGAAAUCUACUUAAGUUGAAUGAAAUUAGAGAUGCGAUGCUUAUAUUUGUCUUAAAGGAAAUGGAACACUAAACUAUUGGAUUGCCCUUAAACGAAGAAGUCAUAACUGGUCUACUUUGGAAAAUAAACAAGACGAUAAGCAACGAUAUUUUGAAAGAGUGGAUUAAGAGAUGUAAUGACAUAAUACAAUACAAAGGAGUUAUUUAAGUCCAUGAAUUUCUUUAUUUAGUCUGUAACACUAUUAAUAGACAUGAAUAUAUAGAAAAAAUUCCUAAGAUAUAAAUGGAUAUAGAAAGGGAUAAGUUCGGAAUUUUCAAGAUCGAAGCUGCUUAGGCUUCAACAUAAAAGAAUCCAGACGAGAAAAUAUAAAAUUACAUGAAAUAUCAAUAUAAUAUGGAGAAGAUGAUAUUUGAUGGGAGAACUCUUCAGAAAAAGGAUGAAUAUUAUUAAUAAAAGAGAAAGAAUAAAAUGGACUAAAUUAUGAAAAGUGAUGAUAACUUCUAGCAAGAAUUCAGAAAGAUGCUUAGAGAUCAAGAAUUAUAUGAAGAAAUUAAAAUAAGAUUAAGAAAUGCAAACUAAUUGAUAAACCAAGCAAAAAUUAAUGGUAGACUUUACUAAGAUGCAUAAGGAGAGACAGAGGAGUCUGAUUAUGAAUUAGAAAGUGAGAGAUAGUAAAAUUAACAAAUUCCAGUAAACAUACAAGACAAGAAGUUAAGCAAAAUUGAACUAGUUUAGCAAAGUUCGACUUACUAAAAGAAAUAAAUGCAUCGUCCUCAGUCAGCAUUUAUCACACAAGUCAAAUAAGAAGUUAAUCUACAUCGUCAAAUGAAUAAAGAUCUCAAUUAUCAAAGCUAAAUAAAAAUUGAAGAGAAACAGUUUGCCAAUACAGCAAUUAAUUUUAAUUCAUUAAGACCAUCUUCUGCUUUAAAUAAAUUUCCAAUAGCUUCUAAUCAAAAAUUGCGUCCCUAAACUGCUGUAAAACAAACAUCUAAUAAUAUCAAUUAAAUGAGGUAAGGAUUGAAAUCAGCAACAUCAAAUGCAACAAGUAGUAAAUUUUUUGGAAACACGAUAUCUACUAAUGCUAAUAGUAGACCACAAAGCAAUUCAUUAGCCAAAACCCAAUCAUUCACAUCCUUUCAUAAAAGAAUGCUUCUAAGCUCUGCAAAAUAGUAUAAAAAGAAAGACUUGAAUAUUAUGAGUGCCUCCUAAAACCCAGAUACUAUUCAGGUUCUCUAAAAUUUAGACGAAGAAUUAGAUUUUUGGGAAGACAGGCAAAACAUAAAUCAAACUAAUUAAAAUAAAAUAUUUGUCCCUUUUGGAAAUGUAAAUAAAAAAAAUUACACUAUCAAUUUACCAUGGAGCAGUUAAUAUACUAGUAAUUAUUGA